AUGACGAUCGUCUCAUCAUUUGCUGAUCUUCUCGCACUCCUCACCAUCCUCAUAUGCCUCCUCCACCGUUGUGGCGCCAACUAUGAAGUCGAGUCGGUCAACGGGUUAGGGAAUUUGCUGUCGGCUAAGCUGACACUUGUAGGCGGGACGACACAGUUCGGGCCUGAUGUCAAGCAGCUCAACCUGACUGCAAGCCUAGAGACGGACAACCAGCUCCACGUGCGCAUCACCGACGCCGACCAUCAGCGGUGGGAGGUCCCCCAGGACGUCAUCCCACGCCCAGAGCCGGCGCUGGAGGACGUCUUGCUACAUUCCUCGGGCAUGAGCAAUGCUUCCUUGCCCGGCAGCAGCACCAUGUCCAGCGAGUCUUCAGACCUGACCUUCACCAUCCACACCGCCCCGUUCCGCUUCACCGUCUCCCGCCGCUCCACCGGCGACGUCCUCCUCGACACCUCCGCCACACUCGUCUUCAAGAACCGGUACUUGGAGGUGACGUCGGCGCUGCCAGCCAAGGGGGCAUCUUUGUACGGGCUGGGCGAGCAGACAAAACGGACAUUCCGGCUCCAACAAAACGACACGUUCACGAUCUGGAACGAGGACCUGGAGAGGUCGGACCUACUGGACAUCAACCUCUACAGCUCGCACCCAUUCUACAUGGACGUGCGCCCCGGCGGCGCUGCCCACGGCGUGCUGCUCCUCAACACCAACGGGAUGGACAUAAAGUACGGCGGGUCCUACAUCACCUACAAGGUGAUCGGCGGCGUGCUCGACUUCUACUUCUUCGCCGGGCCCUCCCCGCUCGCCGUCGUCGACCAGUACACCCAGCUCAUCGGCCGCCCUGCCCCCAUGCCGUACUGGUCAUUCGGGUUCCACCAAUGCAGGUAUGGCUACAAGAAUGUGGCUGACCUGGAGGGCGUGGUCGCGGGCUAUGCCAAGGCCAAGAUUCCAUUAGAGUCGAUUUGGUCGGACAUCGACUACAUGGACGGCUACCAGGACUUCACACUGGAUCCGGUGAACUACCCGGCGAAACUGCUCCGGCCGUUUGUCGACCGGCUCCACAAUAGCAGCCAGAAAUACGUGGUCAUCAUUGAUCCGGCGAUCAAAAAAGAAGCAGCACCUCCUCAAAAUGAGGCCGUGGGUUUGUUCCUCCAGCGAAACGGCACCAACUAUGUCGGCCGGGUGUGGCCAGGCGAGGUCUACUACCCGGACUUCAUGAACCCACGCACUGCUGAGUACUGGGCGCGGAAGAUCUCUGAGUUCCGUCGAACCAUCCCCGCUGACGGGCUGUGGUGCGACAUGAACGAGCCCUCCAACUUCAAGGCCUGGGAGCCGCUCAACGAGUACGACGACUCGCCCUACCGCAUCAACAACACCGGCAUUCACCGCAACCUUAAUAACAAGACCGUGCCGGUCUCCGCGGUGCACUUCAAUGGUGUGUCGGAGUACGAUGCGCACAACCUCUACGGCCUCCUCGAGUCGCGGGCCACGCAUGAUGCUCUUCUCAAGGACACGGCACGCCGCCCCUUCGUGCUCAGUCGCGCCACGUUCGUCGGCUCGGGGCGCUACACCGCGCACUGGACCGGCGACAAUGCCGCACGGUGGGACGAACUCGCGCACUCCAUCAACACCAUCCUCAACUCUGGCCUUUUCGGCAUCCCCAUGAUGGGCGCCGAUAUCUGUGGGUUCAACGGCAACACGACUCAGGAGCUCUGCAGCCGCUGGAUUCAGCUUGGUGCAUUCUACCCGUUCGCGAGGGCUCACGCAGAGAAGACAACCGUCCGGCGAGAGCUCUAUGUGUGGGAGCCAACGGCACAAUCAGCGAGGAAGGCGUUGGGGAUGCGGUACCGGAUGCUCCCCUACAUCUACACGCUCAUGUUUGAGGCGCACACAACGGGGGCACCCAUAGCGCGCCCGCUCUUCUUCUCCUACCCUCAGGAUGCCGACACCUACGGCGUGGACAGGCAGUUCCUGGCAGGCC